AGAUAAGCAAUUAGCUAAGCAUUGUGAUUAAACACGGAGAUCUAAGUCCAGUUUCAGGGUUGGUCCCAGGGCGAGCAGCGGGUGGUACGGGUGUCCCUUUGGGAAGGCUUGCCCAAUAGUAUCCCGGUGUAAGUAAUACGUUUACAGCAGAAGCCUCCAAGGCCUAAGUCAUUGGACUGAACACCUAUGAAAAAUCAUAAGAUCCUUAUAGAGAUAAGUGAUACCAAGUGCUAAGGGAGGAAUCUACUUAUUAAUUGAUCUUUGCCUUGGUUUGUACAGACAGAUAUUUUUUUUUUGCCCUUUUUUUUAACAUCAUCACCUUAUAAUUUAACAGCUACACGGGAUUGGAACUACCACCACAUCUUUUUAAGUUGUAGAUGAAUCAUCACGAGUUAUGAAUAACACCAACUAUCCAAUUCAUCCAGAAAAGUCCCCCGUUAAAAAAGAUGAUGACGAUUACACAACCGGUGUAUCCAAUGGAGAUGUGGACUGGUUAUUCAGAGGUAAACUGAAGAAGUUGACUAAGAAAAUGAAUGGUCCAAACGUGUCCAUUGAGGAGAAUGCGUCUUCCAAACAAGAAAACCCGGUUGCCGAUGAGUCCAAGGAGAAUAAGCCGGGUCCAGAAGUGAAAGAACGUUUGCCGCUGGAACAAGUUGAUAAACCAAUUAGUAGACCAAUUGAUAAACCAAUUGAUAAACCAAUUGAUAAACCAAUUGAUAAACCAAUUGAUAAACCAAUUGAUAAACCAAUUGAUAGACCAAUUGAUAGACCAAUUGAUAAACCGGUUAAACCAGUCAGAUCAGAACAACCAGUCAGAUCAGAACAACCAGACAAACCGGAAAAACCAGUGGAUAAGCCAAUUGACAAGGUUGAUAAAAAACAAGAUUCAAAAUUUAAGCUAGUAAGAUCAAGGUCGUCUUCAACGUCGUCGGUCAGUUCACAACCAAUCCAGUCUCCUCAACAAACCCGCAGAGGCUCCUUCAGCUUCAUGUCUGCUGCCGCCGGGAACUCUCCUAUAGAUGAAUCGAAUUCGCAAACAACCUCCCCCAGUGUUAGCCGCUCAAAUUCAGCCUCUGGUAAAACAAGAAGUUUAUUCAGCUCUCUUUCUUCCAAAUUUAAAUCCCAACCCCAACUGGAUUUUGAUAAAGAUAAAGAGAAAAAAUUAAACCCAAACUUAUUAGGAAGCGGCAAUGAUUCUUCAAAUCAAGAUGAUUUGGCCACUCUAAUUAAUAAACCUUUGGCAGGAAUUGGUAUUCCAAACCGUAAUAUCAAACGUAAAAACUCUUUAUCAAUUGAUGAAAAUCCUAAUUCUCUAGAUAAAGAUCGGGGGAAAUUUUUGAAAAAAAUAGUAUCCUCAUCACCAAAUUCAUCCCAUUUACUGAAAAAUCCGUCAGCAAAGAAAUCCAAAAAAGACGAUUUGGAAAAUAUAAAACUUCGAAGAGUCACGUUUGCAAUCGAUAAAUUACCAUCGGAUCCUCAACAACAAAUUCCUUCUCGUCGUCCUAAAAAGGGUAAUGUUUUGAUUCCUGAAGAUAUCGUGGCUCCACCUCCAAGAUUAUCCCAAGGUAUUUCCAUUAAUAAUGAAAAACAAACUCCUUCUAAUAAUGAUCAUAAAAUUUCAGAACGAGAAUUAAAUAUGGCUUAUGAAGCUCAAAAAAGAGCUUUAUUAGAAGCGGAUAAACAUGCUCAUGAAGCUCAUUUAUCUGCUAGACGUAUUGCUCAUGAAGUAAGUCAGUAUAAAGUUAAAAAUUCAAUACAAAAAGAUACUGAAGAUGAUACUUCUGGAAUCUUGGAUCAUGAUGUCAAUAAUAUAGAAAUUGAUAAACCAGUUCAUUUACAUGAACAACAUUUUGAUGAUUUGGAAAAUGAUGAUGAUAUCGAUAAAAAUUUGAAAAAUUUAUCUUUGGAAACAAUCUACUCCCGUUGUUGUCACUUAAGAGAAAUCUUACCAAUCCCUGCCACUUUAAAACAAUUGAAAAAUAAAUCAAAACCUUUGGAAGUUUUGAAAUUAUUAAAUCCAAGACCUACUUUAAUUGAUGUUUUGAGUUUUAGUGAUUUCAUUUCAAUUAUUCCAAUUAAUACAGUUAUUUUCGAUAAUGUCACCAUGACCACUGAAAUGUUAAAGCAUUUUUUGGCAUCUUUAGUUAAUUCAUCUAGUUUGGAAAAAUUGAGUUUAAGAAAUGUUGCAAUUAAUGAAUUAGGUUGGAAAUACUUAUGCAAAUUCUUAUAUAAAAAUCAUACGGUUAAAAAAUUAGAUAUAAGUCAACAAAGAAUUAAAUCCGAAACUAAUAAAUCAAUGGUUAGAUCUUCCAUGAAUUGGAAUUUACUCAUUCAAAGUUUAGUUAUGAGAGGUGGUUUAGAAGAAUUGGUCAUAAAUGGUUGUAAAUUAUCAGAUGAAAUUUUUGAAAAAUUAAUAAAUCAUGCUGUUUUACCUUCAACUUACAGAUUGGGAGUUGCUUCUUGUGAAUUAAAUUUGAAAAAAUGUCAAGUCAUUGCAAAUUGGAUAAAAAAUCCUUCCGGUAAGUGUAUGGGGGUUGAUAUUGCCUUUAAUGAUUUAUCUAAUGGUCAAUUAAAACCUUUUAUUGAAACUUUUAAUAAAGGUAAUGAUAAGUUGAUUUUCUUCUCUUUAAACUCAACUAAAUUAUCAAACAUAGAAGAAACAACUGAUUUAAUUAUAUCUUUAUCAAAAGUUACCUCUUUGAGAUUCUUAGAUUUAAGUUCAUUACCUGAUUUAUUUCCUGGUAUAAUUUCAAAAUUGGCUAAAUAUCUACCAUUUUAUCCAAAUUUACGUCGUAUUCAUUUUGAUUUAAAUGAAUUAACUUCUCAAUCCAUUAGUGCAAUUGCUGAAUUCUUACCUAGGUGUAAAGCUUUGGUCCAUGUAUCAUUUUUGGGUAACCGUAAUCUAGGUCAUGGUGCUGCUGCUACUUUAUAUACUGCUGUUAAAUUAUCAAAAAGUAUUUUCACUUUAGAUUUGGACUAUGAUUUAGUUAGUGAUAAAUUAUCACAAAAAAUGGCAUUCUACUUAAUGAGAAAUAUGGAAAGAACAGUUAGACCUCAAAUUGAUUCAAUAGAUGAUAUUAAAGAUGAAGACGAAGAAGAACUCAUGUUCGAUGGUUCAUUAUUAAUGGAAACUGCAGAAAAAUUAUUGGUUGAAGAUGAUAAACACAAUAAUGAUAAACAAGAAGACCUAAAAGUUCAAAAAAUCAUCACCAAUGCUUUGAUUGAACGUACUAGAGCAGUAAGAAAUGAUAUUCAUCGAACUAUUGAUUCCUUAUUCGAAAAAAGAAAUCAUGGUGAGUUAUCAAUUGAUGGAAAAGAAACACUUUUGAGAUUUUGUUUAUUGGAUUCUUCUUUGGAAAAAGUUGUUCAUAUGUAUGAAGAAAAGGCUAAGACUUUUGCCGAAUUUGGUUCAACUCAGCAAAGUCCUGCUCCUUCACAAAGUGGUGUUAAUGAUCAAUUAGUAGAAGAGGAUACAAGACUACAACAAAUGCAACAACAAAAAGAGUUGGAAAUCAAAUUACAACAACAAGAACAACAACAAAGAAUUCAACAGCAACAAAUUUUACAGCAACAACCGAGACAACAAAAUAAAAUUCCUGGAAUUCCUACUAUUCAAUUACCUCACAAUGAUCAUUUACAUGAAAGUUCAAAUGAGUUAAUUACUGCUGGUCCAAUUUUAUCACCUCAUAAUACAAAUAUAGUUGAAUCUUCACAACCAGGCUAUUUUCAAGGUAUCGAACAAACCUUUCAGCCUCAUCAAGUUGUUGUUGAAUCGUCAUCUGAUGGUACUUCAGUACCAAUUGAUAAUUUGACCGGUAGACCAGUUUUGAUGAAAUCUGUCAGUCAAACAUCAUUACAUGCAAAAGAACAAGAAGAAGAAGAAGGUGAAUUUCAUAGAUGGGGGUUUUUCAUUCAACAAAGAAAUAAUCAAGGAAAUGAUAAGGAUAAAAGAACCGAUUCCACCAAUUCAAAUAAAUCAAACUCACCUCUUACAUCCCAGCCUAAAUCACCACCAGAAAAUAAAAGAGAAAUACCAGUGUUGAAUGUGUUACCAUCUGGUUCAGAAUUGAGGGAGGCGAUUAUUGCGGCUAAAGGUAUUGAAUCCGUUACUGAUUUAAUUGAUAAGAUUAAUAAUAGCCGUAUCAGUCUUGAUAAGAUUUAUAAUUUGGAUGAGAUUAAAGAUCAAAUCAAUCAAAUCCGAAAUGAAAAUUUGAAUGAAAAGGAUAAAGAUCAAUUAAACCAUUACCCACAUCACUAUCAUCAAAUGGUAUUGCAAAAACAAUUACAAAAGCAGUUACAACAAGAAUCCAAUGAUUCUAAAAAGGAACCGUCAGCUCAUAGAACUCCCUCACCACCAUCACCUAGAAAAAAUACUGAUAUUCAACAGCAGCAGCAACAACAACAAUCGCCAUCUUUUCUAUCAUCAAUUUCUCUGGCUCUCAGUGGUAAUAAUAGCUCUAAAUCCACAGGAGAUGAAGAAGAUGACAGUGGGUCUAUAGAUUCAAAUGAAGACGAAGGCGGUAAUGUGGAUGCAGUUGUUGAUGAAGCUUAUGAUAAGUUACUUAACGAUGCCCAGAGAGUGAGAUCUAACAAAUAAAAUAUGUAUAUAUUCAAAAUUUUAAUGCUACAAAAAAAUUUUUUUUUAAGACAUACGAAAAAAAUUAUAAUUAAAUAUAUAUAAAAUUAUAAAAAACCAUACAUCAAAAGCAGACAGAAAAAUAAAUUAGAUGAGAAAAACAACUAAUUAAUUUAGUUAUCAGCUUUGAAAGCAGCGAUUUUUUCAGCAACUCUAGCAUCUCUUUCAGCUUUAGAGAGUUUGAAUUGUCUGAAUUUCUUACCGUGAGCUUUGUAUUGUUCUUUGGUGAAUUUCUUUUC